AUGCUUCCUCUCUCAUCAAGAUGCUUUCCUCUCUUCUUCAAAGUACUUCCUCUCUUCAUCAAGAUGCUUCCUCUCUUCACAAAGUACUUCCUCUCUUCAUUAAGAUGUUCCUCCUUCAACAAAAGUGCUUCCUCUCUUCAUCAUGCAGCUUCCUCUCUUCAACAAAGUACUUCCUCUCUUGCUCAAGAUGCACUUCCUCUCUUCAACAAAGUACUUCCUCUCUCAUCAAGAUGCUUCCUCUCUUCAACAAAAGUACUUCCUCUCUUCAUCAAGGUGCUUCCUCUCUUCUUCAAAGUACUUCCUCUCUUCAUCAAGAUGCUCCCUCUCUUCAACAAAGUACUUCCUCUCUUCAUUAAGAUGCUUCCUCUCUUCAACAAAGUGCUUCCUCUCUUCAUCUUGCAGCUUCCUCUCUUCAACAAAGUACUUCCUCUCUUCAUUAAGAUGCUUCCUCUCUUCAUCAAGGUGCUUCCUCUCUUCAUCAAGAUGCUUCCUCUCUUCAUCAAGAUGCUUCCUCUCUUCAUCAAGAUGCUUCCUCUCUUCAUCAAAGUACUUCCUCUCUUCAUCAAGAUGCUUCCUCUCUUCAUCAAAGUACUUCCUCUCUUCAUUAAGAUGCUUCCUCUUUUCAACAAAGUGCUUCCUCUCUUCAUCAUGCAGCUUCCUCUCUUCAACAAAGUACUUCCUCUCUUCAUCAUGCAGCUUCCUCUCUUCAACAAAGUACUUCCUCUCUUCAUCAAGAUGCUUCCUCUCUUCAACAAAGUACUUCCUCUCUUCAUCAAGAUGCUUCCUCUCUUCUUCAAAGUACUUCCUCUCUUCAUCAAGAUGCUUCCUCUCUUCAUCAAGAUGCUUCCUCUCUUGCUCAACGUGCUUCCUCUCUUCAUCAAGAUGCUUCCUCUCUUCGUCAAAGUACUUCCUCUCUUGCUCAAGAUGCAGCUUCCUCUCUUCAUCAUGCAGCUUCCUCUCUUCAACAAAGUACCUUCCUUCUCUUGCUCAAGAUGCAGCUUCCUCUCUUCAACAAAGUACUUCCCUCUCUCAUCAAGAUGCUUCCUCUCUUCAACAAAGUACUUCCUCUCUUCAUCAAGGUGCUUCCUCUCUUCUUCAAAGUACUUCCUCUCUUCAUCAAGAUGCUUCCUCUCUUCAACAAAAGUACUUCCUCUCUUUCAUAAGAUGCUUCCCUCUUCAAAACAAAGCUCCUCUCUCAUCAUUGCAGCUGUCCUCUCUUCACAAAGUACUUUCCUCUUUGCUCAAGAUGCAGCUUCCUCUCUUCAACAAAUACUUCCUCUCUUCAUCAAGAUGCUCCUCUCUUCAACAAAGUACUUCCUCUCUUCAUCAAGGUGCUUCCUCUCUUCAACAAAGUACUUCCUCUCUUGCUCAAGAUGCAGCUUCCUCUCUUCAACAAAGUACUUCCUCUCUUCAUUAAGAUGCUUCCUCUCUUCAACAAAGUGCUUCCUCUCUUCAUCAUGCAGCUUCCUCUCUUCAACAAAGUACUUCCUCUCUUCAUCAUGCAGCUUCCUCACUACAUCAUGCAGCUUCCUCUCUUCAACAAAGUGCUUCCUCUCUUCAACAAAGUGCUUCCUCUCUUCAUCAUGCAGCUUCCUCUCUAAAUCAAAGUGCUUCCUCUCUUCCAUCAAGAUUGCUUCCUCUAUCCAGCUCUUCUUCUUCCAUUCCUCUUCACCCUGGAGCUCCUCAGCUUUAUAUCAUUUUAAUUGGAUUUUUUUAAAAUCCACUGCAGUAGGAUUAAGGAGAUGUAACUACGACUAUAGAACCUGGCCAUAUGCUCCAUUCCAGGCCAAAACAGAUUGCAUAAUCCACAAACAGAUUGAUAAAUACCAAUCCUGUUGCUGGGGCCCAUAUUCCAUUUGGAAGACUUGCAUCAUCACAUUUGGAUCUGUAAGACUUUGUCGUUGA